UCUGUGUUUAAAUCUACGUCGUUGCUUUGGCACUCGUCCUGCCCCGUUCUGCACGUCCUUCUCGCCUGCUGUUAGUCUGAAGUAGCGCGCGACCCCUGUGGCUAGUAGAGAAUUUAAUAACAGCCGCAACUGCUCCACACUGUGCAUCCUUCGCCCUUUCCCCAUCCUGGUGUGGUGUGGCUCGGGGCUUCUGCCGGCGCGAAUCUCACGCAGUGCGACAAAAGCCGCCCGCAGCGUUUUUAUAUGCGCGCACAUAAUUCAAAAACACUGCAAAAGUUAAUGCCGAAAGCGACGACGCACAAUGAUAACCAACAAUAAUUUGGAUUAUGAGAAGAGCUGUCUGCCCAUAGCAGCACGGCCAACAGCUACAGCUACAGCCACAUCAGUAGCAGGCACAGCGGCAACAAUUGCCAGCGGCAACAGCAACAGCAAUGGCAGCGCCAGCAGCAGCAACAAUUCAUCGCCCACCGCUGACAAUCACAACAACACCCACUCGCAUUCGAUAUCGAAUUCGAAUGGCAGCUCUUAUUUUAACCGCUUCGACAACCGCAUUGCCGCCAAUUUGGCCGCAGUUAUAACUGGCGCUCGAUUUCGUUCAUCGUCCUGCAAUAGUCGGCAGCAACAGACGCAGCCGCCAUCGGUGCACCACACGUCUCGCACUUCGUACCACUAUCUGAGCGCCUCGCGUGGCCGAUCCACAUUAAGCAAUGCCACGCCCACAUCACCUGCCAGCCUGGGCAGACGGCGACCAUUGCAGCUGUUCAGCCAGGCAAAUCUUAACUGUAAUGAUAACGAAAAGGGGGCGCAUACUCCUAGCUCAGAUGAGGAUAACUCACCCACCGAGCUCAACAGUUGCAAGCGGCUAACGGACAAACCGCCACUGGUUAAGCGCUUGACCAUGGGUCUGUUGCGUCACAAUGAGGAGUCACGCCCACUGGUGGCAAACGUAACGCCCCUCAGCGCAGCUGCUUUGGGCUGUGAGCACGCUGGUCAGCCCAUCUACUCGAAUGGUUACAUCAAUGAGGACUCGUAUAUAGACAGUAAAUUUGGCGACUCCUGCCGUCAAUCUCUGACAGCCAUACCCAUGCUGGACAAUGUGAAUCUCAACAAUGACAACAGCGAAUUCAAUCUGAAGAAGCGAUAUCUGCGCGAAACCAGCAGCGCCAAUUCCAGUCCCAAGAUCUUCGCCAAUCGCCUGCGUUUCAAUAAUGCCUCAGCUACAGCCGCUGCCGCUGCUGCUGCUGCAGCGAGUUUAGCAGCUACUCAGCGCAGCAGCAGCUUGGCCGACACGCACACAGCUCGGGAUGACGAGGAGGAGGAGUCAGACACAGAGCUUAAAGCAGCAAGUUGGUAUCAGGCCGGUAUCUCGCGUGACAUCGCAGUCGAGGUGCUGCAGAGCAAGAGUCCAGGUGCAUUCCUUGUGCGAAAGAGCAGUUCUAAGCCCGACUGCUAUGCGCUUACCCUACGCGUACCCUCACCUCCCGGACCCAAGGUUGCCAACUAUAUAAUACUGCGCUCGCCACGUGGAUAUAAGAUUAAGGGUUUUCGCAAGGAGUUCUCUAGCUUAAAGGCUCUAAUAACCCAUCACUCUGUUAUGCCGGAGCUGCUGCCCGUUCCCCUGGCCAUGCCUAGGCCUACAAAUAUGUCCUCUUCGCGACGCAAUCUAGAUGACUUUGAUACCUACGACUCGCUGCAAAUGCUGCUCAAGUAUCUGCGUGCCAAGAAUCUGGAAACGGACCAGUAGUAACCAGAGGUAUAUAAAUAGGACCCACUCAGAGACAGAGACAUAGACGGAGGGAGAGAGUAUCUCCAAGUCAUAGUUAUUGAUAGAGCGUAAAAAAUGUAUUUCGAUACCAAUAAAUGUGAUACUCUAUUAAAA